CAAGCAACUCGGCGAGCGCCUAGCUAAAGCCGUGCUGACCGGCCGCGAGCAGAGCGGCCAGCAGGCCGGUGAACAGUUUAUGACGUCUGUGUAUGCGAGUCGGUAUGCGGCGGAGGAUUUGCCUAAGCAUGAGAUGCCGGAGGGGGGUAUGCCGAAGGAGGUCGCGUAUCGGAUGAUUAAGGAUGAGACGAGCUUGGAUGGGAAUCCGAUGUUGAACUUGGCCAGUUUUGUGACGACUUUCAUGGAAAAAGAAGUCGAGGACCUCAUGACCGAGUCCCUCGCCAAGAACUUCAUCGACUACGAAGAGUACCCCCGCACAGCCGAGAUCCAGAACCGUUGCGUAUCCAUGAUCGGUCGCCUCUUCAAUGCCCCCGUCCAUAGCGACGCAGCUUCAAUCGGUACCUCGACCGUCGGGUCCUCCGAGGCCGUCAUGCUGGCCACGCUAGCCAUGAAGAAGCGCUGGCAGAACAAGCGCAAGGCGGAGGGGAAGCCGUUCGACAAGCCCAACAUGAUUAUGUCUUCGGCCGUGCAGGUCGUCUGGGAGAAGGCCAUGCGCUACUUCGAGGUCGAGGAGAAGUACGUGUACUGCACCAAGGAGAGAUACGUCCUUGACCCCAAGGAGACUGUUGACUUGGUCGACGAGAACACCAUCGGAAUCUGCGUCAUCCUAGGCACCACCUACACCGGUCAAUACGAAGACGCCAAAGCAAUCAACGACCUCCUCGACGAGCGCGGCCUCGACACCCCCAUCAACAUCGAUGCCGCCUCCGGCGGCUUCGUCGCGCCCUUCGUCGUCCCCGAGCUGGAAUGGGACUUCCGCCUCUCCCACGUCGUCAGCAUCAACGUCUCCGGCCACAAGUACGGCCUCGUCUACCCCGGCGUCGGCUGGGUCAUCUGGCGCGACCCCGAGUUCCUCCCCAAGGAACUCGUCUUCAACGUCAACUACCUCGGCGCCGACCAGGCCUCCUUCACCCUCAACUUCUCCAAGGGCGCCUCCCAGAUCAUCGGCCAGUACUACCAGCUCAUCCGCCUCGGCAAGAAUGGGUACCGCGCCAUCAUGCUCAACCUCACCCGCACUGCGGACCUGCUCGCUGCCGCGCUCAAGGAUAUGGGAUUCCUGAUCAUGAGUGAUGGCGAGGGCCGGGGGCUGCCGCUCGUGGCGUUCCGUCUUGACUCUGCCAAGGAAAAGAGGUACGAUGAGUUUGCGAUUGCGCAUCAGUUGCGGGAGCGGGGAUGGAUCGUGCCGGCGUAUACGAUGGCGCCGCAUACGGAUGAGAUGAAGAUGCUGCGUGUGGUUAUUAGGGAGGACUUUAGCAGGAGCAGGUGCGAGCAGUUGAUCUGUGAUAUGAGGCUUAGUCUUGGGCUGUUGGAUGAGAUGGAUAAGAGGAUGCUGAAGGAGUACACGGAUUAUAUUGGUCGCCAGAGGGCGCAUGCUCAGAAGCUGGAGGGGCAGUCGCAGCAUGAUGUGUAUAAGGGCGAGGAGCAUAGUUUGCAGGGAACGACGGGGAAGACGCAUGGAAUUUGUUAGAUGGUGGGUGGGAUGAGCUGCUAGAUAUUCGAAGAAGUUAGCUGGGUCUAGAAAGAAUGAAUGAAGGAACGGAUAGUUCAUGUCAGUGUUUAGUUUUACCUUGCUGCCUCCGGUUGCCGAGUGACCAGGCGAGACCGCAUCGUUGGGAUAGUGUAGAGCUCCAUCCUAUUCACCACUCACCACCCUAUCCCAGACACUCGCACAUGACUACAACACCAAGCGAAGCAACCCCAACCUUUAUAAACAAACUUAAGACCUCUUCAAAUCAAGCGGCACAGUGGCGCAGUGGAAGUACCACUGUCUGGACAAUCUGGCCAGCGGAGGAAGGGGUGGUUAUGGAUUCGAGUCCCGGCGAGGAAAGGAAAGAAAGAAAGAGUUUGGAGACGAUCAACUCAAAUCAACUCAAAUCGACACAACAUCACACCAAAAAGUAAAAUCAACUGAUUUUCUCCUCAUCAGAUCUUAAGACGCCGAGAUCUGAUAGGUCUUUUGCAUUUUUGAUUGAUUGAUUGAUUUCCUUUUUGCUGUAGUUAUGGAGGGGCCUGUUCUUUAUAUCGGAGUGCAAGCGUAAGGACUCGAAGUGUGCUUUGAGAACGUAUAUUGUGCUAUUCACUACACUUCUCUCCAAACUCCAUGCAAACCAAACCCCAAGCUCCUCCCACUUCUCCUUUUCAACCACAUACACAAUCUCCGCCACCAACCCCCUACCCUCCAUCAUCACAUCCUCUACCUUCUCCUCCACCUCUCAUCCCCUUAUUCGCCUUCAUCGU